UGUCCCGCUGUCUGGCCAGUGCCUCUUUGGCUCCUCACCACUUUGAAUCAGCGCAUCUUUGCUCUGUGGCUUCAGUGACGCGCUCUGCUCUGAUCACCGGACGCCUGUGAGGAUUUUUACUUCAGUUGUAACUUUUCACCAUUUAGGAUGGAGGAUUUGAAAACUUCCGACCGGUUAUUUCACAAGUCCUCAUUCAGCAUCAGCAGCCUGUUGUGGAGACGAGAGGGAGUGAUGGGUGACCAGGAGUCUCCUUCUCCGUCCCAGAAGCUGCGCGCCGCGCAUCCAGAGAAGUCCGGUCCAGAGGGAAACUUUGGCGCUGAAAAGAACUGCGACAACCCCAAACAGUGCACUAAAGUAGAAACCAAAUCGGUGACUGCUAAUGGAAAGCGAGAAGGAAACAAAGGAGAAUCAAAGAAAAGCGGGGGCGCAGAAGAAAGCGUUAAACCUGAGAAACCUCCUUUCAGUUAUAACGCGCUCAUCAUGAUGGCUAUCCGCCAGAGCCCGGAACGACGGCUCACACUCAACGGCAUCUAUGAGUUUAUCAUGAACAACUUUCCAUAUUACCGACAGAACAGACAAGGGUGGCAAAAUUCAAUCAGGCACAACUUGAGUCUGAAUAAGUGUUUCGUUAAAGUGCCGCGUCACUAUGACGACCCGGGUAAAGGCAACUACUGGAUGCUGGACCCUUGCAGUGAGGACGUCUUCAUAGGUGGCACAUCAGGGAAACUCCGGCGCAGGGCCGCAGCUGGCUCCAGGUCCAAGCUUGCACUAAAAAGGGGAGGAGGUCGUCUGAUGUCUUCCAGCACUGCAACCAGCGUAACCUUGGCCGCAGCAGGUCCAUUUUACUGGCCGGUGCCGCCGUUUCUGCCUCUCCAAACACCUGUGCGCACCCACCUCGGCGCAGGGACUUAUCUGGGUUCUCACCCACGCUUCCCCAACCACGCUACAUCGCUUGUUUCUCAGCGGUCCCGGUUGAGCUCAACAAGUGCUGCAGACGCCGACCGGUUCGUGCAGACGCACCAGGAGAUGUCUUACAUUGGAGUCAGUUGCGCGCAAUCCCGUCGACACCAGAUUGGCGCAGCCUGCACCGCUUUCUCCACAUCCAUCCCUGCAUGCACCCUACCACUGUCGGAUCCGUGCUCUUUUAACAUGAUCUCUGGACAAGCCAGCUACUUUUACUCUCACCAAAUACCAUGUGCCGCAACGUUUAGUCCGUGCCAAGAGGAAUGCGCCGCGUCCAAGACGUCUCCCGGACAAUUCUUAUCCAAGAACGGUCACUCAGACCUCGGGGGAUGCUGUAAUGACUUUCCGAAUUACUGCCCUCAAGUCAAUUCAAGCCCUCCUUCGUCUUGGAAUAUAGAAAAAUAGAGUAACGGUCUUAUCUAAGAUUUAAAAUACUGCUGUAGAAUUUAGAUGAACAAAGUUAGUAAAUAAAAGGCAAGAGUAGCAUACGUAAAACAGGAGCCUAUAUCUGCAAACUGCUAAAUUUCUUGAGUUUAUGAAAAAUAUCCCGCAAUAUUUCUCUAAUAAUUUCUACAGUUAAAAAUAUAUUGAUUGAAAAAGUCAAUGUUUUGCACUAAGUAUUUCAUAAGAACGCGUGUUGUGUCAAAUUCACAAGAGAAUUACGCAUAAAUUACACCACCUUCUGACACACCAGAUUUUCCAAAAAUGUGCAAAAAUCUGUAUAUUUGUUAUUUUGAAACACAACAGUGUGACCAGAGACAGGGUCAAAUCACCAUUUAAAAAAAAACAAUGUAAUUAAUGGCUAUACUCGCAUCUGCUGAAGCUAUAUUCAUAUAUACUGUUUUAGAAACAAUGUUCUCCACUUCAUUAUUUUCCACAUACGUGUAUGCACUUGUCAGUAUAGAAGUUGAAGUGAUGUUUGCGCGCAUGUGUCACUAUUUUAGGCCUAAUGCCACCAUAUGAAAAAUAUCCUUCAGCAAAAUACCAGGGUAAAAAAAAAAAAUCAAUUAAAACAUUAAAUAAAAACGAAACUAUGAUUUUGUCUAAAGUUACUCGUUUGUCAGCACGCUGACCAAGAACUUUAAAGGUUGUUUAAAUGUUGUGGAAUAGCUCUGAUAUAAGCGAGUGUAAGCAAGAAAAAGAAAACUCCGGCUAACCUAAUUUUUAAAAUAUGGAAUUCUUUUUAAAAUCCCGGGAGGUUUUUAAAUGUAGAAAAGUUAUACAGUGUACGUUAAAAAUAAUAAUAAUAAUACAAUGUCAAAUGACAAAUUAAGCUGCUCAUUUGCUGCAUUUAUUGUCCUCGAUUUUGUUAAUGUUGCAACUAUCACAUUACUAUUUAAAUUAGUCUACAUGUAA